GCCCAUUAAUCGAAAGCAAAUGGAGGACAGCGUGACAAUCGGUGCGUCGGUGGCCGUGCGCAGCGUACGAGACGCCGAGCACGGCGUUUACGAGUACCUAGAGGAGCAGCACCCUCUUCCCUCGUCCCCUGAACGCACGCUAGCGCUACCCGUUCGUCUGAGCGGUUGGUUAUGGCGCCGCGAGGGCUUUGGGAUCUUCCGUCGCUAUCGCCGCCGCUUCUGCGUGUUCAAGGCGGAACAAGCGACGCUCUUCAUCUACGCGGACGAUGACACGCUGAACGGGAAGCAGCUUCGUAGUCUGGUGCUCACCAAAGUGAUGCUCACGAGUCGCGCGGACCGUAGUUUUGUGGUGCAGGGCCAUCUACAGGACCGGGAGGUACACAAGGAGGCGUCGGACUCCAUGGUUCGACGCGCGAGCACCUUAAGCCGCAAUCUAUUGCCAAGAGACACCCAGAUGUUCUUCUCGCCUGAGGAAGAGCGCUUUAAGGCUGUAUCAGCUAAAGCCUGCAGUGUCUGGACCCACUGCUUCAAAUACCACAUGAAGAGCUACGCGCUAAGGAGGCAGGAAGCAGGCCAGGAACAUGAACAGGAAGAGGCUGAGAGAGACACUUCUACUUCUGAGAUGGAUCCAAAUUUUGUGUUUGAAGACGCUACAAAGAGCGGCAAAAGGCGCCAUACGCUACCUGGAAGCAGCUUUCGGAGUUUUGGUGGUGGCAGUGGGCUGUUUACAGCUUCGCGAUCAAGAAGCAAAAGCAGAGGUAAAUUGGUGGUGGGGAGAAGAGAGAGUUUGGAAGGACGGGACAAUGACGCACCGAAGUCGGCACCGCAGUUUGAAGAGAACCACAAGCAGAGACAGGAUAUAGCUAUGGAAAGGUUAAAUUCGGGUGCAAAGAACGAAGAACUGGAGCCGAGAGCGGCGACGAAGAUAUCGCAAAAUCAGGAUGAGGUUGUAGAGGAAGAGAAUCCGAUCUUGGUGUCGGAUCUUCCUUGUAUAUCGAGCAUUUGGGAGAACGAGGAACUGCUUUCCCAUUGUGUCGACUAUGACGCGAUCGUUAAGGAAGAGAAGCUGGCUGCUGGUGCGAAUGGCGAAGUAUGGCGUGCCAUGCACCGAUCGCAGGAGGUCGUGGUUAAGAACCUGUUGGGGGAAGUUAUGACAGGGUCCAAAUCCCCAACAUCGUCCAAUGCGAACGAGGUCACUGCAGUUUACCGUCGGCGUCGCGCCAUCCUGAAUUUUGUGGAAGAAAUUCGCAUUAUGUCGCGACUGGAACACAAUCGGAUUGUCGAGUUCCGAGGUGUGGCGGUGAGUGCAGAGCGUGGUCUUCUUCUGGUUAUGGAAUAUUUGCCUCGAGGCGACCUGCGGACGUUUCUAAAUACUGUCAAGCGCAACGGAGAUAAUUCCACAAGCUCGUCUGGAGGGUCGAGUGGGCAGUACUUGAGUAUCUGGACCUGGACGAAAUCACAAUGGCGUUUGGCGAUUGAUAUCAUUGAGGGACUCGUGUACUUGCACUCGUUGAAUCCGCCUCUGGUGCAUGGCGACCUCAAGUCUGCCAACGUUUUAUUACGCAGCAAUCUUCGCGCGAAGCUGACGGACUUUGGACUUUCACGAUAUCUUCUAUCGGAGGAUGAAUGCUUGGGGUCGGUAGAUACUACAACAGCGAGUGAGGAGAACCCCACUACCAGCAGUUCGUCUCGUUAUGGCUCUCGAGCACGCGGCACAGGACGCUGGAUGGCUCCAGAGCUGCUGACGAGUGGAGCACAGUCCUCCAUGGCCUCGGAUGUGUACGCUUUCGGCAUUGUUUUAUCCGAGAUCGACACGUGCGAGUUGCCGUUCACCGAGCGAGAGAAAUUGGUCGCGCGGUCCCACACGUCGCAUACAGCAAGCGCAGGUGAAGACAGCAGCGAAGAUAGUGACUCUCGCUUGCUGAACGAAAGCAUGAUUGUCCACAAGAUCGUGGCCGAAGGGUGGAAGCCGACGUUUCGAGUGACGUGUCCUGAGGUUAUCAAGAAGCUCGCGCAAGAAUGUUUGUUGCCAGACCCGAACGCGCGCCCCACGUCGCUUGCAGUAGCACACCGACUCCGAAAGGCUGCCACGAAACGCGAGCGCCCAGAAGCACUCGCGGCGCAGGCAAAGGCUACUACGUCGCUACGUAUUCGCUGAGCAUGUGCGCGUACAUAUUUAACAGCUGCAACGCCAUCGAAGAUACAGCAGCUUACUGCACGAAUAACCCCUUGCUAAUCAUACAACGGAAUGUGGGGUAUGCAUUCGUACUACGUCCUUAUUAAGCAAGCUGAGUUACCACGGAGCCUUGGAUCGAGCGUGUUGAUCACGCCUUAGCAGUCUACGGCAUGAUCUGCACCAGAGGAACAGGAAGGCUUUUUGAUCUUGCUGCGGACCAGUGUUCCUCGAGAAGUGCGAGGUCUUCAGCACGCCUUAGCUCGUACGUAGAGCAAUCUUAUCAUUUACCUCUUCUAUUUGGGUUUGAAGCCUACGUAGAUUUAUUCUACUUAGCCCUUUCUUUCUCAUUUUCUAGAUCUCUAACUGCUCGUUUACAUAUAGCCCUACAUGCUGGUG